UUUUUUUUUUAUCUCUCAUCAAAAACAUACAUAAAUCAACACUACUUGAUACACUAUGAUUUCUGCAUCCGAACCACAUGAUGGCAUGUCUGUUCCCAUCGAACAUCGAUUUGAACCUUAUGAUGAUAAUGGAGGAACCAGCGUGGCUAUUGCAGGCGAAGACUUUUGUGUGAUUGCCGCAGAUACAAGACAAAGCACUGGAUAUAGUAUUAAUUCACGAACAUCACCAAAAGCAUACGUUUUAUCCGACACAUCUGUUAUUGCCAUGAAUGGAUUCCAUGCUGAUGGUUUGACUUUGAAAAAGGUAUUGGAACAACGAUUGAAGUGGUACAAAUUCGCACACGAUAAGGAUAUGUCUUGUGAUGCCUUGGCUCAAAUGCUUUCAAACACAUUAUAUCAACGACGAUUCUUCCCUUACUAUGCGUUUUGUGUUUUGGGUGGUGUAGAUGAAAAUGGUAAAGGUGGUGUAUACUGUUAUGAUGCUAUUGGUUCUUAUGAACGAGAAUUGGCACGAGCAUCAGGAUCUGCCUCUGCUUUGAUUCAACCAUUCCUUGAUAACCAGGUGAAUCGCAAGAAUCAACAAAAUGCAUCUAAGGAACCUUUGGAACUGGACGAAGUACUGAGGAUUGUCAAGGAUGCCUUUACAUCAGCUACUGAACGUGAUAUAUAUACUGGCGACAACCUUCAAAUCUGUAUCAUUAGAAAGAAUCAACCUGUGGAAGUACAACAUUACCCUUUGAAAAAGGAUUAGCCUUUUUUUUUUUUUUAGUAGUCGAAAUAAAGUAUAUUUUUUUUUUAUUC